AUGUUUUCAGCCCACUUCGAAGAGGCGCUCCUGUCCGCCUCCGAUGAAGAGCUGCGCAACUUCUUUGCGGAGCUCCCUCUGGCCGCUCGCCGCCGUCUGAUUGCCGUCCUUGCUGAGGUUGACGCAGCGUCCGCUCAGCAUUUCCUGGACACCAACCGUCUGGACGAUGAUGCAGACCUCGCUGACUUGCAGUGGCCAUCCGACCCGGAACAGCCUUCUGUCCGUCAGCCUUCGCCGGCUCCGUCUGAGAGCUCGUCCGAUGUCUCCUUGGCGAGCUGGGGCAUGACGUCGGUCCAGCUGCUGUCCCGUCUGAGCGGGCCCUGCCUGUUCCGGGCUCAGCUUUCCUGGGACCAGAGAUGCCUCCAGGCACCCGCUGGGCUAGUCCGACUGGCUCCGCCUCCGGAUCUGCCCACUGGUACUCUUCCUGCGGUACCUGCUCUGCUCGCCGUGCUCAUCGCCUCCGCAUUCGUCUGGGACCUGUCUGUGACAAUCCGCAGUGUACAGACACCUGUCCGCGUGUGGACGAUCCUGCCCGGCGCAGUGGGCACAGGCACCACGCCUGCGAUGCCUGCCACAAGCGGG